AUGGCGAGAGCAGGCGGAUCCGUGGGGCUGCGCUGGUGCUCGGGGCCCUGGAGGGCUUCCCGGCUGGAGGGCUGCAGGAGGAAUGCUUUGGGCCAAAAACCAGGGGGGCCCACCUCUCUGAGCAGCGCUGUCCAUCGGCAGCCCCAAAGGACCUAUCGAGCAGUAUUUUGCACGGAGCUGGCAAAGCCAUUGGUCGUAAGGGAUGUCCCGUCCUCUUCGCUGCAACCACCUGAGGUCAGAAUUCGUGUCCGUUGCUGUGGAGUAAAUUUUGCCGAUAUACUGGCUUGUCAGGGGCUUUACCAAGAAAAGCGAUCCCUUCCAUUCACCCCAGGAAUGGAAUUUUCAGGGGAUGUGACGGAGGCUGGCAUGGCUGUCACCGGUGUGAAGGCGGGGGACCGUGUCAUUGGUGUGACCAAUACCAACGCUCUGGCGGAGGAGUAUGUCGCAGAUCCAAAGCUGCUCUGGACAAUCCCACAGGGCAUCUCCUAUGAAGCUGCUGCAGCGCUGCCUGUCUCCUAUGGGACCGCCAUCUUGGCCCUUGAACGCAGAGCGCAGACCCAGCCAGGGGAGACUGUUUUGGUGACAGCAGCAGCUGGUGCCACAGGACUUGCUGUUGUGGAUGUUGCAACCAACGUUCUUCAGGCAAAGGUGAUAGCAGCAGCAGGAAGUGACAGGAAAUGCAACCUGGCUCUCAAGAAGGGGGCGUUCCAGAGUGUGAAUUAUGGCGGAGCCAGUCUGAGAGAAGAAGUGAAGAAGCUGACGGCUAACAAGGGGGUUGACGUGGUCAUUGACACCGUCGGUGGAGACAUCUUCAAGGAGGCAUUGCACAGCCUGGCUUGGGAAGGCAGGAUCGUAGUGGUUGGUUUUGCUGGAGGAACUAUCCCUUCUGUUCCAGCCAAUCUGCUGCUUCUGAAAAACAUCUCUGCUCUGGGACUGUUCUGGGGCCGAUACCGGGAUCAGGAGUUCCCAGUCUUUUCCUCAGCACUCUCAUCUGCUCUUUCGUACUGUCAUGAGGGACGAAUCCAACCUCACAUAGGAGCAGUGUUCAAACUGGAGGAGGUGAAUGAAGCCUUUGCACACGUGACGCAGCGUAAAUCUACAGGGAAGGUGGUCAUCUCCGUUAACUAAGGCUGCUUUUCUUGGGAAACCGGCCUUUGCUGCUCACCAUGGUUACAUCCUGCUGAAGAGGAAGUGGACCACCGCCAUGGAACCCAAAGAUUAAUCAAAGGCACAAUCCUAUGCAUGUUUAGACUAAAGGGGGAAAAAAGUCCACAACUCCCAACAUACCUGGACCAGCAUAGCUGGCUGAGGCAUGUUGGGAGUUGUGGGCCUUUUUUCUGUCUAAACGUUUAUAGGAUUCUGCCCUGAGUGGCUCAGGUGGGGUUUUUUUGGGGGGGGGGAUUAUGGGAGCAGCCACACUAUCCUGGCACAGCUGUUGAAUUUUUGCCAAUGCUCUAGCUUCCACCAGACAGUUCGGACCCAACACUGGAACCUGCUCUUACUCCAAAUUUCCUGCCAUUUUCCUGCUGGUGGAGCAGCUGCAAAGCUGGAUAGUAGGCAAAUCCUACUGCAGGUUUUUUCCCCAGGACUUGAGCACACUCCUCGAAUGCUCAAGCCCAGAACAUUGACCUAGAUACGGAUGGGCAGAAGACCCAGGAGGCAUUCCUGCCAUUGUAGCUAAGCUGUUCGAGCUCUGUUGGCCACCUGGAAGGGAGGUUGCCUGCACUGGGAACUAUAGGCGAGCCUCUUUCAGCAUUUUGGAGUAGCCGGACCAGAAGGAGAAUAUGUAAACAACAGAGUACCUAGUUUUGCUAGAUGGCUCCCUUUGAGAAGGUGGGUAGCAGAUCAAGGCCCAACCACAUACCAAAGGGACCUGCUGGCAAGUCCCUUUGCCUCAGCUGCUGUUCUUUCCACUCUCCCAUUCCACCUCUGGGUGAGUUAAGUGGGGAGCCAGGUAUGGACCUUCUGUGGUUGACUUUUACUGAGGAGCUGGGGGGAAGUCACCAUGGCUGGUACUCUUUGUAAUAAGCCUCCUUCCUUCCUAUGCAUGACAUUACUUCCCACAUGACUUCUUAUAGGCCUCCUUCCUUCCUUCUUCAUACUCACUCAGCAAGCUAAUGCUCACACAUGAGUUGUUGAAUACCGAGCUAUGCUGUGAUAUAAGCAGAAGACAGGUCCCUUUGACUGAGGGCCAAACUAGAUGUUACACAGAGUUCCAUAUUCCUUUUCCUCCACAUUUAUUUUAAAACAAAAAGGCCUUGGCCAGCUGCCGGAGUGAGUGGAAGAAAACCAGUUGAGAAAAGUUGCAUUCCUCCUUUUCCCGCCACUUGUUUUUCGGCUCAAAGCUGCUGCUACUGCUGCUGCCUACAUUUUCAGUGUCUUUCCUCUGCUUAGCAAUAGCUAAAAAUGUGUGGUGUCUCAGUGACUAGAUGGUAUAUUACUCUGCAGUAGUUUUCAGCCAGCACUAUUAAUUUCAAAUAAAAACUAGGGUUGAUUGGUGAUGUUUUUAUUAGCUCGACAUCUGCACAAAUCUUCUUUUUAAUGGCUGCACUUACAAGCCUAAGAUCCUCCUUCAACUCUUUGCAUUUUCAGAAUUCCUGAGGAUUAUAUUUCUGUGCCACUUGAAAUAAAUAAAAACAAAAACUCAGGGAGACAGUUUUUAAGUAAAGCGUCCUUAACUCGCUGGUGGAGAGAGUUAAUCUGCCAUGCUUUUA